AUGGAGUGCCCCACCGCCGUGGCCGACGGGGCCCCGUGGCGCGGCGCCGCCGCUGGGGGGGCGACGGCCCCCCGCGGGGGCGCCGCGGGCCAGUACGGCGCCGCCCCGCGGCAGUCGCUGCGGGCGUGCAUGCGCGUGCUCCUGCGGAAGCACCUGGUGCUGGGCUGGAGGCGCGGGCGUGUCGGCAGCAUCCUCGGCUGGGCUGCGGUCAUCGUCUUCGUUCCGCUGAUGAUCUGGUCGCAGCUCAGCUCGGGGUCCGAGGAGUCUGCUCGCCAGAUCCUGUGCAUGAGCCUGCUGCCUCUGCUCGGGGUGCUCUUGAUGCUCGGGAUCUUCACCCAAUUCGUCGUGGAGGUCGUCACGGACAAGGAGCUGAAGAUGCGGUACGUGCAGCAAGUGGCUGGGGUCUCGACCUCCUCGUACUGGCUCUCGUACUACUCGUAUUAUUUCUUCCUGACGACCUUCUGCGCGGCAGUGUACCUGAUCUGCGUCAUGGCGAUCGCGCCAUUUUACAAGCACUCGAAUGGCCUUCUCAUGCUGCUGGUCAUACUGGCGGCGUUUCUUCAGACCUUCUUCGUGGCUAUGAUGAUCAGCGCCGUGCUCUGCCGGGCCCGCACGGCGUCUGUGGUCUGCGGCAUGAUCGGCGCGCUGACCGUGGUGUUCUCGUACGUCGUGCUGCCACAGAUCAGCAGCACAAGCGUCGCCGUCUAUCUCCUCGAGGGCCUCAUCCCCUUCGUCGCGCCACUCAACCUGCUGAACGCGGUCGGCGCCCUGGAGGCCACUGGCCGCGGGCUCACCUUCGGCAGCUGGGGCGCGCGGAUCUCGGCCUCCAGCGCCCAGACGGGGUCGCAGCAGGUUCACCUCGCGGCCGGCGCGCAGCUGCUCAUUCUGCUCGUCGACACAGUGAUCUACGGGCUGCUGGCCACCUGGCUGGACCAGGUCUACCAGGGCGAGUUCGGGGCUGCGCUGCCGUGGAACUUCUGCCUCCGGCCGGCCUACCUGUGCCCCGGGCGCCGCCCGGCGGCGGAGCGGCGGGCGGAGGAGGAGUCGGGCACCGCGCCCGCGCUGGAGCUUGACAGGCUCGUCAAGGUCUUCGGGAAGCACCGGGCAGUGGACGGCAUGAGCCUCGAGGUCCGCCGCGGCGAGAUCUUCGCGCUCCUGGGCCACAACGGGGCGGGGAAGACGACCGCGAUCAACUGCAUCACGGGCAUGCUCCCGGCCACCUCGGGCGUGGUGCGCGUGUGCGGCGUGGACGUGUCGGCCGAGCUCCAGGAGGCGCGCAGGCACCUCAGCGUCUGCCCGCAGGACAACCCGCUCUACCUGGAGUUCUCCGUCGACGAGCACCUGGCAUUCUUCGCGGCUCUUCGGGGCGUGCCGCCCGCGCAGGCCCAGCAGGAGAUCGACGCGGCUCUGGUCGCGCUGGGGCUCACGGAGAAGCGCGCGGCGCGGGUGCAGACGCUGAGCGGCGGGCAGAAGCGUCGGCUGUGGGUCGCCACGAGCAUCCUGGGGACGACCCCUGUGGUCUUCCUGGACGAGCCCACCUCUGGUAUGGACCCCGCCAACCGCCGGAAGCUGUGGGACAUGCUGGUUCAGAUGAAGAAUCGCGGCAGGACGGUCCUCUUCACCACGCACUACCUGGACGAGGCGGACGUGCUGGCGCAGCGGAAGGCGGUCCUGGACAAGGGCAAGGUCUGCGUCGUGGGCACGUCCAUGGACCUGAAGCACACCUUUGGCGUCGGCUACCACCUCCGGGUCGUCGGCCGCGCCGCCCCUGAGGGGGACCGCCCCCCGCUGCAGGAAGCAGCGCUGUGCGCGCUGGUGCGGCAGCACGUUCCCAGCGCCUCCCAGGAGGCCGGGCCCGGGCUGCUGCGCGCCGGGGGGCCCGAGGAGGGCAGGAGGGCCGGCCAGAGCUGCUUCGUGCUCCCGUACCGCGAGGCGGGCAGGCUGGGCCAGCUGCUCCAGGACCUGGAGGGCCGGGCCGAGGAGCUGGGCGUGAGCGACUACGUCGUGGAGGCGACGUCGCUGGAGGAGGUCUUCCUGGCCCUCGGCCAGGGCGGCGGCGGCGGCGCGGCGGAGGCGGCGGAGGCCGGGGCGGCGGAGGCCCUGUCGCUGGCGAGCCCGAGCGAGCGCGUGCCGGUUACCUGGUCAGAGGGCGCCCUGGCCGUGUUCCUGCUGCGGUGGAGGCAGGUGCUGCAGCGGAAGCGGUCGCUGUGCGCGACGUUCCUGGUGCCGCUCGCGCUGAUGGUCUUCACCGCGUGGUCGAGCGCCAGGCCUCAGGCGGGCGGCGACGCCGAGGAGAGCCAGCAAGGGCUGACGGGCGCUGGCAUCGGCAUGACGAUGACGGUGUGCCUGGCGAUCGCGCUGCCGUACUUUGCGACCGUGCUGGUGGUGGACCGGUCCAACCGGUGCACCUACACGGCGACGUCGCAGGGCCUGCCUUGGUCUGCGUUCUGGGCGGGCACCCUGCUGAGCAACUACCUCCACUUCCUGCUCCUGGCGCUCGUGACCCCGGUCGGCCUCGCAGCCUUCCAGGCGCCGUUCUAUGGGGAGCCGGAGCGGCUGGGGCAGGUGCUGCCCGCGGUGCUGUGGGCGCCGGUGCCGAUGCUGCUCUUCGCGUACUCGGUGUCGCGGCUCUUCUCGUCAGCGGAGGCCUGCUCGAAGUUCAUGCCGGGCGUCAGCCUGCUGGCCUCCGUGCUCCCCUUCCUCGCCGUGUACAUCAUGGCCUUGCUGGGCGUCGUGUCGCAGACCAGCGCCGCACAUGAUUGCGAGCGUGACCUCGGCGAUAGCGACGUCGAAUGUCAGGCGGGCCUAGACUUCGGCAAGACGAUGCACCGGUGGGCCGUGGCCUUGCACUGGUUGAUGUCCUUCGUGGACCCCUACUACUGUCUGCCGGGCACCUUCUUGGCCAUCGGGCUCAGCAGCAUUCCCGACGAUCCCGUGCCCGGACUGGCGCUCAGCAUAGACGUUGGAUUCCCAGCCAUUGCAGGCAGCGCCCCAGCCGUGCCCCUCCUGGGCUCGCUGGCGAUCUCCGCGCUCCUGGCCCUGUCGCUCACCUGCGACGCCGCCAGCGCCCGCCAGGCGCUCGCCGCCCUCCGCGGGCGGCUCUGCGGCGCCGGGCGCUCGAUCAAGCAGCCCGGCCUCGGCAAGGGCGGGGCGUCGCCGGCCGCGGGCGGCCCGGGCGGCGGGCGCAGUGCGUCCGCGCUCCCCGACGAGGAGGAGUCCGGGGUCGCCGCAGAGGAGCAGCGCGUGGCGACCACAGACCCUGGCGCGCACGCCGUGGCCUACCGCGGCCUGGUGCACACGUACAACGCCGGCUCCCGGCGGGAGGUUCGCGCGGUGCGCGGCAUCUCCCUCGCCGUGGGGCGUGGCGAGUGCUUCACCCUGCUGGGCCCGAAUGGCGCGGGCAAGACGACCACCCUGGACGCGCUCACGGGGGCCAUCUGCCCGCCCACGGCCGGCGAGGUGAGCAUCGGCGGCCACAGCCUCGCGGCGGGCCCCGGGAGCAGGCUGCAGGCCCUGAGCAGCCUGGGCAACUGCCCCCAGGUGGACCCCCUCUGGCCCUCGCUGACCGGCCGGCAGCACCUGCUCUUCUACGCGAGGGUCAAGGGCCUGCCCGCCCACCUCCGGGCCCCGCAGGCGGACGCGCUGCUCCGGGCCCUCGGCUUCUCGGCCUUCGACGCGGACAAGUGCACGCAGGGCUACAGCGGCGGCAUGAAGCGGAAGCUUUCGCUGGCCAUCGCGCUCAUCGGCUCCCCGCCGACGCUUCUGCUGGACGAGCCCUCCGCCGCGGUCGACGCGGCCGCGAAGCGCCACCUCUGGAGGGUGGUGCAGCAGCGCGAGCGGAGCCAGACCGUCAUCCUGACGACCCACUCCAUGGAGGAGGCCGAGGCCCUCAGCGACCGCCUGGCCAUCCAGGUGCGCGGGAGACUGCGCUGCGUCGGCACGCCGGACCACAUCAAGAGCACCUACGGGGCGGGCUACCAGCUGGAGCUGCUGGUCGGCGGGGGCCUCGCCGGGUCGGGGCCGGCGCCGGAGGUGGAGCGCUUCGUCGCGGGUCUGUGCCCCGCCGCGCGGCUGCUGGAGCACCACGAGGGCAGGUACCUGUUCCAGCUGCCCCUGCUGAAGGCCGUCGGCGUUUGCCCGGGGGAGCUCAGCGUCGCGCGGCUCUUCCUCCACAUGCAGGGGGCCCCCGGCGCCAUCGGGCUCCAGGACUACUCCAUCUCCAGGCCCAGCCUGGAGCAGGUCUUCCUGCGGUUCAGCAGGGAGCAGGAGGAGGCCGAGGCCGAGGCCGCCGCCUCCCCGAGGGCGUGA